AUGGGGGACUAUUACGGAGAGAGGGCGAGUUUGGUGGACAGAGAGGGGGAGAUCAGAGACAACUGCUGCAAGAGGGGGUCUCUAUACCUCCUCAAUUGCGAAUGCUGCAACAUUAUCGCCAGAGGUUUCCGCAAUCAGUGCCGACGUUUGUGUCCACCCAAACCCAAGAAGACGAGGGUUGUCAUUUUGGGCAAGCCGGACCAGUCCGGCCCAAAUUACCCAAAAAACAAAAUCAGAAACCAGAAGUACUCCAUCAUCUCAUUCAUUCCAUGCACUUUGUUCCACCAGUUCAAGUACUUCCUCAACCUCUAUUUCCUCAUCAUCGCAAUCACCCAAUUCAUCCCCAUCCUUCAGGUCAACUACAUCUUCACCUACUGGGCCCCCCUGGGCUUCGUGCUGUUCGUGACUCUUCUGCGGGAGGCUGCAGACGAUAUCCGAAGGUGGGUGCGAGACAAGGAUAUCAACAAUGCACUCUAUCUCAAGGUCACACAAAGUCACACGGGAUACAGCCAGGUCAAGUGCAAAGACAUCAAAGUAUCGGAUGUGAUCCAAGUUGAGAAGAACGAAAGAGUGCCGGCUGACAUGGUUCUGCUGAGAUCCAGCGAGACGAACGGGUCCCUCUUUGUCCGCACAGACCAGUUGGACGGGGAGACAGACUGGAAGCUCAGAAUGGCCCCCUCCCCCACCCAGAACAUGGCCUCACGCCAGGAACUUCUUACAACCCAUGCAUAUGUGUAUUGCGACAAACCACACUUGGACAUCAACACCUUCAUUGGCAACUUGGUGGUGAAUGGAUCCGGAGGCAAACAGGAAAUAUCGCUCAACGUCGAGAACACUCUCUGGAAAGACACCGUGGUCGCUAGUGGUACUGCAGUUGGUGUUGUGAUCUACACUGGGACAGACACGAGAAGUGUGAUGAACACAACUAAGCCCAAGAACAAGUUUGGCCUACUGGACAGCGAAGUCAACUUCCUCACGAAGAUACUCGGGCUUCUUCUGGUGUCACUCGCAUUUGUACUCAUGAUACUGCAGGGUUUCAAGGGACAGUGGAUGGUGAUGUUUGUGCGCUUCAUGAUUCUACUCUCAGCAAUCAUCCCCAUCAGUUUGCGGGUGAAUCUGGACCUGGCAAAAUUGAUCUACUGUCUGUUCAUCCAGAGGGACAAGUACAUAGACGGGGCGGUGGUGAGAACCACCCAGAUAUCCGAAGAGCUGGGUCGCAUCAGCUACCUACUGGCCGACAAAACUGGCACUCUGACUCAGAACGAGAUGGUGUUCAAAAAAUUGCACCUGGGAAAUCUAGUUCUAAAUUCAGACGGAAACGAGGAGAUUAAAAAAGACAUCUCCGAGGCGGCAAAUUCCCCAUCGACAGCUCCGGCCCGGUCCCAGAAAGUCCUGGAUGCAGUACUGGCGGUGGCACUGUGCCACAAUGUCUUCCUAGCACCCCCGGAUGGAACUGAAGAUGGCGGAUUAAGUGGCCAGUUCAAUGAAAAGUACCAGGCGUCUAGUCCAGACGAGAUUAAAAAAGACAUCUCCGAGGCGGCAAAUUCCCCAUCGACAGCUCCGGCCCGGUCCCAGAAAGUCCUGGAUGCAGUACUGGCGGUGGCACUGUGCCACAAUGUCUUCCUAGCACCCCCGGAUGGAACUGAAGAUGGCGGAUUAAGUGGCCAGUUCAAUGAAAAGUACCAGGCGUCUAGUCCAGACGAGGUUGCCCUUGUGAAGUGGACUGAAGAUGCGGGUCUGAAGUUGGUGUUCCGAGACCAGUAUGAGAUGCACCUGGAGACGGCGGAUGGUCGGUUGCUCAAGUUUAAAGUACUCCACUUGUUCCCCUUCUCAUCUGAGAGGAAACGAAUGGGCAUAAUUGUGAGGAGCGAACAGACAGGUGAGGUGUUGUUUUUCGUGAAGGGUGCUGACUCAGUGGUGGCUCCCAUGUGUGACUUCACUGAUUGGCUGGACGAGGAGUGUGGCAACAUGGCCCGAGAAGGACUUCGUACACUAGUCUACGCUAAGAGGCGUCUGAGUGACUCUGAGUUUGCGGCGUUUGAUUCGCGACUGACACAGGCGGGACUGAGCAUCCAGGACAGACAGACCAGAGUCCGGAUGGUAGUCGAGGACCUGGAGGAAGGCCUCAAGGUCAUCGCACUCACCGGCGUCGAAGACAAACUACAACUCGACGUUCGCCCGACACUGGAAUCGAUCCGCUACGCUGGCGUGAAAGUGUGGAUGUUGACAGGAGACAAGUUGGAGACAGCGCUCUGCAUUGCGAAGAGCAGCCGACUCAUAUCCCCGAACCAGAAGACGUUCGUCAUUGGCGAGGUAGGAGACCGAAUUCAGGCCUUGCAGCAAAUGAACCUUUUGAGGAAAAAGAACGAUGCUGCUUUGGUGGUGUCAGGUGACAGCAUAUCGAUGAUUCUAAAAAACUACGAGCACGAGUUCAUGUCCUUGGUGAUUCAGUGCCCAGCAGUGGUUGUAUGCAGAUGCAACCCCACACAGAAAGAACGAGUGGUCAUCUUGAUACAGAAACACACGAGGAAGAGGUGUGCCGCUAUAGGGGACGGUGGGAAUGACGUGAGUAUGAUCCAGGCGGCGAACGCCGGCAUCGGCAUCGUCGGCAAAGAGGGAAAACAGGCAUCCCUCGCGGCCGACUUUUCAAUUCAUCAGUUUCGUCACGUGGGUCGGUUAUUUCUGGUGCACGGGAGGAACUGCUACAAGAGGAGUGCUGCUCUGGCGCAGUUCGUGAUGCACAGGGGUCUCAUAAUAUCCUUCAUGCAGGCAAUCUUCUCUGCCUGUUUCUUCUUCUCUGCUGUCUCCUUGUACCAUGGAUUCCUCGUGGUCGGCUACGCGACCUUGUUCACUGUGUUGCCGGUGUUCUCCCUCGUGUUCGACAAGGACGUGAGGCCGGAAGUGGCCCUGAUGUACCCCGAGCUCUACAAGGACCUCCUGAAGGGCAGAUAUCUGACCCUCAAGACAUUCCUCAUCUGGGUCAUGGUCUCCAUCUACCAAGCCUCUGUGCUGAUGUUUGGCGCCCUUCUUCUGUUCAAUGACAAGUUCCUCCACGUUGUUCCCAUCUCCUUCACCGGCCUCGUGCUCACAGAGUGGAUCAUGGUCUGUCUGACCAUAGAGACAUGGGUGUGGGUGCAUGCAAUCGCCCUCCUCAUCAGUGUCGGCUGCUACACUGCCACUGUGUUCGUCGACACUGGCACUUUCACGCGUGACUUUGUGCUGUCGUGGGAGUUUGUAUGGAAAGUGGUGGUCAUAACAGCAGUGUCAUGCCUUCCAAUCUACCUCAUGAAGAUACUGCGCAAGACAUUCAGCCCCGCCACGUACUCAAAACUGUAG